AUGAAAGACUGGCCAGUGUCGCCGCCUUUUCCCUGCGUUCUUCUCUUCCUGACGUUCUUGUUCGCUUCGUCUGUCGCGGAGCCGGUGGCCAUGCGCGCCGAUCUUACACACGUGGACAGCGGCCGCGGCUUCACCAAGCACGAGCUCCUCAGCCGGAUGGCCGCCCGGUCCAAGGUCCGCAUGGCGACCCUACGCUCGUCGGGCAGCGCCCCGGCGGUGACCGUGCCAGUAGCCCGGGGCGGCUUGGACGUGGGUUUUUCCGAGUACCUCGUCCACUUGGGCGUCGGCACGCCGCGCCCGCAGCGCGUGGCGCUGACGCUAGACACCGGCAGCGACCUCGUCUGGACGCAGUGCGCUUGCGCGGCCUGCUUCGACCAGCCGUUCCCGGUCCUCCGCGCCUCCGCCUCCAGCACCUUUCGCCGCGUCCCGUGCUCCGACCCUCUCUGCGGUCACGCCGUGUACCUCCCGGUCUCCGGGUGCGCCGCCAGAGACAGGUCCUGCUUAUACGCCUACGGCUACGGCGACAAUUCGGUCACCACUGGCAAGGUCGUCGAGGACACUUUCACAUUCAAUGCUCUCGGGGGCAAGAAGCACGCCGCCGUGGCCGUGCCCAACCUCCGGUUUGGCUGCGGCAUGCUCAACGUCGGCCUCUUCAAGUCGAACGAGUCCGGCAUCGCCGGCUUCGGGCGCGGCCCGUUGUCGCUGCCGUCGCAGCUCAAGGUCGGCAGGUUCUCCUACUGCUUCACGGCCAUCAUAGAGUCGAGGACCAGCCCGGUGUUCCUGGGCGGCAGGCCGGACAACCUUGAAGCUCAUGCCACGGGGCCCAUUCAGUCCACCCCGUUCGCCCCAGGCCCUGCGGGUGCGCCUGUGGGUAGCUCGCCAUUCUACUACCUUUCCCUCAGAGGAGUCACCGUCGGCAAGACGCGGCUGCCGUUCAACGCCGUGUUCCAGAGCCUCCGUGAAGCGUUCGUGGCGCAAGUACAGCUACCUGUCGCCAACGGCUACACCGACGCCGACGGCAGGCUGUGCUUCUCCCUCCCGGCGAUGAAGAAGGCGCCCGCCGUGCCGAAGCUGAUCCUCCACCUGGAGGGUGCAGACUGGGACCUUCCACGGGACAACUACGUGCUGGAUAACGACGACGACGGCACCGGCGCGGGCAGGGAGCUGUGCGUGGUGAUAUCUUCGGCGGGCAAGAGCGACCAGACAACCAUCGGCAACUUCCAGCAGCAGAACACACACAUCGUCUACGACCUGGAGAGCGACAAGAUGGUCUUUGCGCCUGCGCGCUGCGACAAGCUCUGAGUUAUACUAUAAGUGUGUGACCAGACCAUAUCGAGCGUGCGCCUGCAUGUAAUUGUAUG